GGGGGUUUGAAUUGAUCGGACGGUUAAAAAAAACCGGUACCAGUGGAGUCAGACAUUUAUUUUUCAAGAUGACAUUCUCUGAAACAUUUCCCUUUAAAAAUCCCUACUUGUGAGCUUUCCUUCAUCUUUCUCUGCUGGAGGGAAGCAUUGGGCUUGUAUGUACACACUGGAUGGCCUGUGUAUAUAGGUACUCUUCUAACUGGAUUAUCUGACCUUUGUGGGGCACAUGCUGCUCUAAGUGGUUUAUGGCAAGUCAUAGUUAGUUAUUUUAUGCCGGAUCCUUUAGUGGGUUUGUUGGAAAGGCUGUGGAUAAACUGACUUUCAUUUUCUUGCAGGCAAGUGGCUCUUUGAUGUUCUUCAGCUGCUGGGGGUAUAUCUGGCUGUGGGGCCUUGAUUUAUAUUCUUGCCUCUUUUUUGGGGGGAAAGAUUUGGAACCAGACUGGCAGAUGAGUGAGUACUUAAUUCGCCCUUCCCAGCUGGGAGACUGAAGGGAUGCAGCAAAGAGAGAAUGCCAAGAAUCCAAAGCAGGCUUUGCAGGUUCGCCAUAGUAGCUUCUCUGCAUGGCAAAUAGGAGAGAGAACAACUGGCCCAAAGACUCUGGACUUGAAAAGUGUGCAGAAACAUGAGAAAGCGAAGUGGCAAUCUGCCAGUGACCAGGCAGGCAACAGCACACAAGACCAUCUGGAGCAAGCUCUGACCUAUUUUGAGAGAGUUAAAGACUACAUUCCACUGAAAAAGAAUGAGGUUCUACAGAAACACUUGGCUACUGUGGAAAACAUUGCCCUGCAGAGAGGAUUAUCCCCAGAAGGACUUGAUGUGUUGCUGAAUGUUGCACUCAGUGGCCACCUUGCUGAUACAGUAAAUAGUCGGAUCUUGAAGUGCCUGAUUCCAGCCUCAGUAAUAGCAGAAAGUUCAGUGGUUUCAGCAGUAUCCUGGCUCUGUGUUGGCAAAUGCUCUGGCAGCACCCAGCUGCUCUUCUUAAGAUGGUUGAUUGCAAUGUUUGACUUCAUUGAUCACAAAGAAAAGCUUCAUGCGCUCUACGGCUUCUUCUUCUGCUCCCUGCAAGAUGAGAAGCUGUGCCCCUAUGUUUGUCAUCUAUUGUAUCUGCUGACCAGAAGAGAGAGCGUUAAGCCUUUUCGCGUGAGGAGACUAGUAGAUCUACAGGCAAAGAUGGGAAUGCAGCCUCACCUGCAGGCUCUGCUAUCACUGUACAAACUUUUCUGCCCUGAGCUGGUGUCUAUAACUCUGCCUGCAAAGAUGAAGACCUACUUCAAGAACUCGGAAAGCCUGUGGAAGGCAGCAAUCAACACCAUAAGGCGAAGAAAUCAGGGAACGUCUCCAACAUCCCAGCAACUGAUUCUAGGCACAGGUCACCCUCAGUCCCGGAAAAGAAAAUGGAAUACCAGGUUGAUUUUGCCUGCAUGCAGCACAAACACAAACAAUCCAACUAGGAGCAAGGAAAUCAACCAUGCUGACAUCCUCAGUCACAGUGAAUCUUUCCCAGUGGAGCAGCUAAACACCUUCUCCCAGCUCUUACAGAACAUUCACCGCCUAGAGUUUCCUUCCCAGAUGGGCUCAGUGCUAAGGAACUCCUUGCUGCUUCACUACAUUAAUUGUGUCAAAGAUGAAUCUAUCUACUUAAGGCUCUAUUAUUGGAUGGGUCAGACUCUUCAAGAAGAAUGCACUUGGUAUAAGCUUGAUAACCAGCAGUAUGAAGAAGAGUUCAAGGACUUCCUGGAUAUCAUCUACAAGACAGAGUGUUUCUUGCAGGAGGGGUUCUCUUCCUGUGAAGAAUUCUUAUAUAAGAGCCUUCCCCUCUGGGAUGGUUUCUGCUGUCGAUCACAAAUCCUCAGGCUGGUGAGCUGGAUCCCCCUCAGCAGCUUCUCGGAAAUGAAACCACAUCUUUGUGAACCUCUGGCACAGCUUUUUUUCACAUCAUCCCUUUAUUUUAAGUGUAGUGUUCUUGAGAGUCUGAAGGAGUUGUUGCAGAACUGGCUGAAUUGGCAUGUAAUGCAGUUGGAUGUGGAGUCUGAUCCUAAAAUCAGUCCUUUGAACACCACUCUUUCUGGACUGGUGAACUCUGUGGCUGAGCUGAUCCACUUUGUAGGGUGGAUCUCCACUGUAGCAUUGCGCUUGGAGAACAAUGCUACUUUCUUGCUGUACUUUAUUCUGGAUUUCUAUGAGACAGUGUGCGAUGUCUAUCUUAAGUAUAACCUACCCUUGUUGGUGAUGCCGCCUCCUGGAGUUUUCUACCCAGCACUGCUCAGCAUGGAUUCUGUCAGUCUGAACCAGCUCUGCUACGUUAUGUACAGGUAUCGAACCAACUUGGUAGCUGCGAAAGAAAAUGAGCUGGUUAAAAAGACAAUACUGCAAUUCAAGUUCAGUAGCCAGACUUACCAAGAGUACAACCAGUACAUAAUGGCCAUGGUAGGCUGUCUGUGGACCUCCAGUGCAUUCCAGAAGGAUAUCCACCCUCAGGGCAUUCGCCUAGAUCCGGAAGUACUGAAGAAAACCAGAGUGCAGGAGGUCAGGAACAGCUUCAACAUUGUCCACCACCCAGCCCUGACGGGCUAUGCUAUCCUAUUCCUGCAGCAGGCUUGGCCUGAAGAUAAAACUCUCAACUUCAACUUAAUUAAGGGGAGGAGGUGGAACUGGUAUCUGGAAUAUCUCUACAUGCAGGGGUUACAAGGCCUGAAACUCUUCAUUGAAAGCAGCAUCAAUCGUGUUUCCCAGGUCUCCCAAACCAAGUCAGGGAAUGUUCAGGUGUAACAAACUGGUUCAUAAGGAUACUUCUGAUUGUCCAGACCAGGAAACCAGAGUAUAGCAGGCCCUGCCUCUGACACCUCUGUAAUCUAGGGAAGAAGUAGACUGAGCAGCUAGCUGUUUAUAUUUUGAUACUGAUGUCUCCUUAGGAAAACAAGGACAGAGAAAGAAUGGUUGAACUGACCUUAUUCAACAGUGCACUGAACCUGGAUGUCCCUGCCAGACUUCUGUAGUGUGAUACUGCUGAGUUUGUGUCUUGUGCAAUGUCACUGUUCACUAUCCAUUUCCUCAUCUGGGAAUGUCUACUUCAACUAAGCCACAAACACUUCUGCUUUUCUUAUUUCGUUAUAGCACUUAGCAGUGCUCCUUCACAUAGAAGUGAUUCCUGACUUCCCUCUGCAGUGUGUAAUGAGGAAUACCAUGUGUAUGUAUAAAUGCAUGCAUGCGCACACACUUUUCUAGGGUAUUGUAUAUAUUGACUCGGGGACUUUAAGGAACCUGCUGGGUCCUCUGUGUUGGUGUCUGAAACAGGCUGGCCUAAUUGACCCCUUAGAUUUUGCUUUCAGUAUGAAAUCUCCUGAGGAUGCUUUCCUUUGUACCACUCUGUAGGAUAUUCUCGCACUGUAGCUGGAAGAUUUUUGUGCUGAAGUUCAUGUUCUAUGGAUGCUUUGAGCACCCUUGGGGCAUUGCUAACAGCUCACUAUUUUCUUGUGACAAGUCUAAAUGCAGUUUUCCCUUUUGUGCUUGUAGCAAUGUAUAUAACUGUGUAUUAUAUGUUUAUAUUAUGUAAAAUACUGCUUAGAGCCAUUGCGGAGGAACUCUUGUGAAAUGUUGCUUCCUUCCCACCCUUUUUAAAACUCGGAUCCAGUUAAAAGAAACUGAACUCCAUUUCCUAAGCAGGAUAUUUUGGGUGAACUUCACACUGAUGUUGUAAAGCAGGGUCGAGUCCUCUGAGCAUGGAAGUUGAAGAGCCAAGAGAGAGAACACUGAUCAUGAUUCCAAGUAGUUUUGUACUUUCUUUCAGCCUCAGAAAAGGAGACAUUUCAGGAAAUGUUGAUGGGUUUUUCCUUUUUCAGCAAUGGUUACCAAGAGAUGGUGGUGUCUUGCCUCUGAAAAAUCCUGCUUGUUCCUUUGUCUCCAAGACCAUAUUAGCCUUGGGGUCAUGGUGUUGGCUAAUGACUUUGUUAAUAAACACUUAUGUUCAAAGAGUG